UUGUCUUUGGUCAUGGACGCCAUUGAUGGCAGCGCUCCUUCACGCCUGUGGUGUAAUUUCCGCACCACCAAACCACAUGCAGGCGUUUUGCGCAGAACGUCGCCCAGAGUUGCCUAUGCAACAGCGCCCAAGCGAAGGCCCCACCUCCAGGCAGUAGCCUUAUCAACGGUGGUGGCAGUGUCGUUGUCACGCCGACCCCGUGUCGUCAAGUGCAGCCGGCAGAACAGCCAAGCGCCCAUACAAACUGCUGCAGGUUCGCUACUUGUUCUUUGUGGACCUUCCGGGGUUGGCAAAAGCACAUUGGUGAAGCGUUUGCUGAGCCACGAUGAGUUGGGACAAUGUUUUGGCCUGGUGGUGUCACACACUACACGGCCGCCCCGGGACUCUGAAGUCGACGGGGUGGACUAUCAUUUUGUCAGCAGACAAGUGAUGGAAGAAAUGAUUGCUGACGGUAAAUUCCUGGAACAUGCGGAUGUACAUGGAAACCUCUAUGGCACUUCGUUCGCGGCUAUCCAGGACAUUUGUGCAGCUGGCCAGAAUUGCGUGCUUGACAUCGACGUGGAGGGUGUGAAGAGUCUCAAGGCCUACAUUGCCAAGGAGGAGAUGCAGCAUUCGUAUUUCGUGGAAGUGCUGCCUGAGGGCGGUAUUGCAACGUUGGAGGCACGAUUGCGCUCCAGAGGUGUGGACGACGAGGCCGGUAUCCAAAGACGACUGGCCACGGCUCGAAAAGAGAUGAAGGAGUACGGUUCCAUCCAGUGGGACUCCACCAUUCUGAGUGUCGACGGUGACAUCGACCGCGGCGCACAAGAACUGCGGCGGAUCGCCACACGCUUGGUCGGCAUGCCAGAAUCCAGCUUGGCCGAAGAUGAUGAACCCAUGGAAUCGCCGGAUCCUGUUCAAGAUGGUCCUGCAGUUCCAUCUGGGGCACCCACCAAGAGCGUCUUUGGCGAGUUCAGUGGGCUUGCAAGGAUGCUGGGCGACUCCUGUGUCGAUCUGGGCCAAGGUUUCCCCAACUUUGAUCCGCCCGAAUUCGUGGUGAAGGCCUUGCGUGAUGAGCUGGAUGGUACCGUGCCUGGUGCCGUGCGCACUAGGCACCAGUACACGAGGACAGCGGGACAUGUGACCCUGGUUGAGGCGCUGGCAGAGCGCUACAGCCGCCAUCUGGGUCGGUCCUUGGAUGCUAUGAAGGAGGUGGCUGUGACGGUCGGCGCCACCAAUGCCUUGUUCCUGGCCAUGCAGGCUGCCUUAGCUCGCCCUGGAGCUGGCCGAGAGAUUGUGGCGCUGGAGCCAUUUUUCGAACUUUAUCGGUCACAGGCGCGCGGUUUGAACGCGGAGUUCCGCAGCGUGGCGCUGCGUUUCGACGAGGCGAAGCGAUGCUUCGAGCUGGACGUGGAGGCCUUGGCGGAGGCCUUGGGGCCGCAGACGGCAGCGUUGAUCGUCAACACGCCGCACAACCCAACGGGCAAGGCUUUUGAAGAGUGGGAGCUGAAGGCCAUUGCGAAGCUGGCCCAACAACAUCCAAAUCUGCUGGUGAUCAGUGACGAGGUUUACAAGUACAUGAUCUUCGAUCCUCCCAGUGGCGGUCUUGCCAACCAGAAGGAUUCACCAGCAGGUCACAUCCACUUUGCAAAGCUGCCGGGCAUGUGGGAGAAGACCCUCACGGUGAGCUCUGCUGGGAAGACCUUCGGCAUCACCGGAUGGCAGAUAGGUUGGCUGAUCGGUCCAAGCGAGUGGAUGGAGCCUAUCCAGUGCUAUAUGCCGAACUUGCAGUUCUGUGCCCCGACGCUCACGCAGCGUGCCUUGUGCCGCGUGCUGCGCGAGGCCGCAGAGCCCUUUCAUGGUGCGGAGAGCUACUAUGAAUGGCUGCGACAGGACUAUGCUCGGCGGCGUGACAUCAUGGUGGCCGCACUGGAGGCUGGUGGCAUCAAAACUGCCAGGUCGCAAGGAGGUUUUUUCUUGCUCGGAGACAUCAGUGGAUUAUGUGGUCCAGAAGGUCCCCUACAUGAGAGCUGGGAGGCAUCCUUAAGGCCCGAUGAAGCCAAGGAUUGGACCUGCUGCCGAGCCCUUGCAGCUGAGAUUGGCAUCGUCAGCCUUCCGGUGAGCCCAUUCUUCGGCGCAGGCUCUGCUAAGAACAUUCGCACCCGUUUUGCGCGCUUUUGUUUCGCCAAGACGGAUGCUACUCUAGAGGAGGCUGCAAAGCGCUUGGCAUCGCUGGCAUGAGCAAAA